GCAACAAUCUGCAGCUGCCUGUGGCUGGCGCUAUUGAUUUUACUGCGCCGGAGCUGCGCACUCUCAAUGCGAUGGAGCCAACACCUGCCAGUGACAUGUUUGCUUUUGGGUGCCUUAUUUUAUGGUUGCUGUUUCCUGGAGCUCAGUUUAAGCAUGGAUGCCUGGAAAACCUUGAGCCAGCUGAUGAGCAGAUCCGCAACGAAAAGGAACUGCCAGUAAUUCGUUCCUUGCUACAAGAAAAUCCAAAUGAUCGGCCAACAGCAACACAGCUCUUGGAGAACCCAAUUUUCGCUGCAUUCAACAAGAAACUAAACUAGGCCACUGCUGUUUUUAACAGCUGGGAAGGCUAAGAUGACAAUGGCUGGAACUCUCAGCCUGCCAUUGAUGUGGCAUCAGUGAACUGACGUUUUGUUUUCAGCAUCAAGCCAUGCUUUUUCUUUUUUUAAGUUGGGUAAAAUCCCAAUUACUACAGCUAUCUGUGAUAGGAAGGAAACUUCCGAGCAUAUUAAGCAGUAUUUGUAACCAUAUAUGCACAUAGCUAGCUACAUCACUGCCUGUUGACAUUAUCAGUCAUUCUGGAAUUUGACAUGCACAAAAGAAAGUUCUUAUGCUAACACAAGCUAGUCUCAUCAUUUUGGAAUGAGUGUUUUCAAAAUAAUGUUACUGAAAUUUGUGAGCAAUAAUUUCACAGAAGCUUCAAUUUCAGUGGUGCCCCUGUUUUAAUGUACAAAGUCUGUUGGAGUACUUUAGAGUAAGUAGUGAUGAGGACCUAGUAGUUGUAUGUACUGAACAUUGCGCUGUUGUAUGCGAUUCCUGGCUACAUCAGCUGUAUGUACCGGUAAGUCUGCUGUUGGAGGGAGGAUGGGGGCAUAUCGCUUAUGCUCCGCACAGCGUAAUUCACAGGAAUCUGCUGUAACAAAGUGCAUGCAUGCAACAAUGCAGGGGUGGCACAUACACUGCGUGGCUUCAUUUCCACAGUUCUGUCAUCUGGCCGGAAAUGUGGAGCGAGAUAUUGCUACAUCACACAUGAAAUACAAAAUUAGAUCAGCAUAUUUUAGUAUUUCAGAAACAAAAA